CGACGUCAGCAGCUUAAUGGCAACAUUGUGGCGAUGCUGAGGCGCAGAGUUUAGGAGACGCGUCUACCGUGAGGCCGGCUCCGCUCGGUGGGCAGGAAGAAGAGCAGGGGCGGGGAGGUCGGCCCGGCGAGCGGCGGUGAUACACAGCCCGCCGGCCCGGCCCGGCCUUGCAGCGCCGGCUUUUCGUCUCCGGAGUGCUGCAGGCGCAGCUCCGCGGCCUCGCGCGGGGGGCGGUCGGGCAGCCGCGAGGCGCUGCCGCAGCGCCGGGCUUGUAAACAGAUCCGGCCGCACGUGACCAUGUGAACUACCUGCUCCGGGGACGCGUAUUGUCUCUCCUGCGAGCCGCACCACAAAGGAGCUCGGCGGUUCGAGUGCAGAGGGGCCGGCGAGCGAGCGCAGAGAGCCGGCCGGCGCGCUAAGAUGGCUGAAGGCGCCCGGAGAGGGUGAGCGGGGGGCGCGGUGCAGCCAGCCACCGAGACUUCAGGCGGGUAGGGCUUCGGCCCUCCCCCGCGGCCGGGCGCCGCAGCCACCAUGUCUUUCGCUCUGGAGGAGACGCUCGAGUCGGACUGGGUGGCUGUGCGGCCCCAUGUGUUCGAUGAGCGCGAGAAGCACAAGUUCGUCUUCAUUGUGGCCUGGAACGAGAUCGAAGGCAAGUUUGCCAUAACCUGCCACAACCGGACAGCCCAGAGGCAGAGGAGCGGCUCCCGGGAACAGGCGGGGACUCGAGGGGGUGCCGAGGCUGGCGUACCCGUGUCCGACGGGACCCGCGGGCCAGGCAGCCCGAUGGGCAAGGGACGGCCUGAGGCCACAGGCUCUGCGACUCCGGUCCGGAGCCCUGGGUCCCGGAGGAGUCCGACCUGGGCGGAGGGAGGAUCUCCGCGGAGCGCGCGCUGCCUUCGGGGGGACCCGCCGCAGCGGAGCCCGGCCGGCAGAGGAGCGGAGAGUCUUCUCAGGAGCCCUGCGCGGGCCAAGGCCGGCCCGGUCCGAAAAGGAGUGCAAGCCAGAGAUGCGGCAGGGUCAGCCACUGCUACCCAACCGGCGCCCAAGGAGGCCCUGGUGUCCUCUGUGCGAGUUGUGAGCGCCUCCGGGGCGGUCUCCGAGGAGAUCGAAGUCCUGGAAAUGGUUAGGGAAGACGAGACGCCCUUGGCGCUCUCCGACGCGGAGCAGCCGCCUCCCGCGGCCGAGCCGGAGUCUCCGGCUGAAGAGUGCAGCUGGGCCGGGCUCUUUUCCUUUCAGGAUCUGCGCGCCGUGCACCAGCAGCUGUGUUCUGUGAACUCGCAGCUGGAGCCGUGCCUGCCAGUGUUCCCCGAGGAACCCUCCGGCAUGUGGACCGUGCUGUUCGGGGGCGCGCCUGAGAUGACAGAGCAGGAGAUCGAUACUCUGUGUUACCAGCUCCAGGUCUACCUGGGCCACGGCCUGGACACCUGUGGCUGGAAGAUCCUCUCUCAGGUGCUCUUCACCGAGACCGACGAUCCUGAGGAGUAUUACGAAAGCCUCAGCGAGCUUCGACAGAAGGGCUACGAAGAAGUGCUUCAGCGGGCCAGGAAGCGUAUCCAGGAGCUCUUGGAUAAGCAUAAGAACACAGAGAGCAUGGUGGAGCUUCUGGACUUAUAUCAGAUGGAGGAUGAAGCCUAUAGCAGCCUUGCAGAAGCAACAACUGAACUCUAUCAGUAUUUACUGCAGCCAUUCCGAGACAUGAGAGAACUUGCCAUGCUACGAAGACAGCAGAUCAAGAUUUCUAUGGAAAAUGAUUAUCUGGGACCCCGAAGAAUUGAGAGUCUACAAAAAGAAGAUGCCGACUGGCAGCGGAAAGCUCAUAUGGCUGUACUAUCUAUUCAAGAUCUUACAGUCAAAUAUUUUGAAAUAACAGCAAAAGCUCAAAAAGCUGUGUACGAUCGAAUGCGAGCAGAUCAGAAGAAAUUUGGUAAAGCAUCGUGGGCAGCAGCUGCUGAACGUAUGGAAAAACUUCAGUAUGCAGUUUCUAAAGAGACUUUGCAGAUGAUGAGAGCUAAAGAGAUCUGUUUGGAACAGAGGAAACAUGCACUAAAAGAAGAGAUGCAAAGUUUGCAGGGUGGUACAGAAGCCAUAGCUCGAUUGGAUCAGUUAGAAGCUGAUUAUUAUGAUCUGCAGCUUCAGUUGUAUGAAGUACAGUUUGAAAUCUUAAAGUGUGAAGAGUUAUUGUUGACAGCACAACUGGAAAGUAUCAAAAGACUUAUAUCAGAAAAGAGAGAUGAAGUAGUUUACUAUGACACUUAUGAAAGCAUGGAGGCCAUGCUAGAGAAAGAAGAAAUGGCAGCCUCUGUGCACGCACAGAGGGAAGAGCUGCAGAAACUACAGCAGAAAGCACGCCAGCUGGAAGCAAGACGGGGACGUGUCUCAGCCAAGAAAGCCUACCUCAGAAAUAAAAAGGAAAUUUGUAUUGCAAAACACAAUGAAAAAUUCCAACAGCGCAUUCAAAGUGAAGAGGAAUAUAGAACCCAUCACAUGGUACAACUAAAGAGAGAAAAAGUACAUGAUGAAGAGGAAAGAAAAAGUGCCUGGGUUAGUCAGGAGAGACAGAGAACGCUGGAUAGACUUCGAACAUUUAAACAGAGGUACCCUGGGCAAGUCAUACUUAAAUCAACCAGAUUACGACUGGCUCAUGCGAGAAGAAAAAGUGCAGCAAGUCCUGUGCCCCAUGAGGAUCCAUGUGACUCUCUACCAGGGGUGUUGCAGGUAGAGGGAAAAACUGAAGAGGUGGGAGAAGGAAGAGGCCAGCUUGGGUCAUCACAGACAACAGAAUCCCAGCGCCUUGCACAACUUGAAGAUAAUUCAUUAGCACAACUUGAAGCCACUUCAUUACCUCUCAGUGGUAUUACCUCCGAACUGCCUCCCACUGCAUCUCUUCCACUUUUGAAUAGCAGUGACCUCGAACCAUGUUCUGUUAGCACAGAUCCACUCCCACCACCUCUCCCUCCUACACCCCCUCCGCCCCCACCACCCCCACCACCCCCUCCCCCUCCUCCCCCUCUGCCUGUUGCAAAGGACAACACUGCCAACCCAGAGACACUGGAGAAAGAUCUGCCUAGAAAGGAGGGGAAUGAGAAGAGGAUCCCGAAGUCUGCCAGCGCCCCCUCAGCACACCUUUUCGAUAGCAGCCAGCUGGUUAGUGCCCGAAAGAAGCUCAGGAAGACUGCUGAAGGUUUUCAGAGGAGGAGAGUGAGCUCACCUAUGGAUGAAGUGCUAGCAUCCUUGAAGCGUGGUAGUUUUCAUCUGAAAAAGGUUGAACAGCGAACUCUGCCUCCUUUUCCUGAUGAAGAUGAUAGUAAUAAUAUCUUGGCACAAAUAAGGAAAGGGGUAAAAUUGAAGAAGGUACAGAAGGAAGUUUUGAGAGAAUCCUUCACACUUCUGCCUGAUACAGACCCUCUAACACGGAGCAUCCAUGAAGCUCUACGAAGAAUUAAAGAGGCAUCCCCUGAGUCAGAGGAUGAAGAGGAGGUUUUGCCUUGCACAGACUGGGAGAACUGACAAGUAACUUAAAGAAGAAAAAUACAUACAGAUGAAGAUUGGUUCUGAUUCUUUUGGAAAACAAAAGUUGAAGCUCUUGGUUCCACAGUUGGAUUCCAUUAGACCCAAAGUAUAUUGACUCAGUUGUAUGGGGGAAAAAAAAAGGAAGCACAAUUGGCAAAUUAUUACUUUUACAGUCAUUCCAAUAGAUAAUGGUUAAGAUGAUUUUUAAAUGUGCAAUGUUCCUAUCUGUGAUGAAGAAAGGCCUCCUGGAGAUGGCUGUUUUUUUUAUGCACCUUCCCUUCCCCCAUCUAUAUAUAUAUUUGUAGUGGCCAGUUAAACUGGGAGUUGCUAUUAGUUGGAAGAACACUGGGCUGACAGAGAUCUACUGUGAGCUGUUUUGGGACUGCUUUGAGAUCCAUCUUUCAGUGUACUGAAAGGAAGGACAUCUGCUGAAACACAGAGUUUCUUCCGAAUCAGCUUACAGAAAUAGUACUAUAUUCUGAAAAAGAAGUUUAUCAUGGUAGCAAUAGGUCAGGAAUUAUAAUCAGAUGGAAAUAUACUUAAAAAUUUUAACAGUUCUCAUCUCCAAAGGAAUUUUCAUAAAUGAUGUUCAACAUCUGAAAGAUCAAUGGAGAUACACCUAUUAAUGUGUGUACCAAACAUGAUAACAUUUAACAAGGCAUAUUUUUAGAAGGCUACACAGUCUACACUUUGUAAGGGUUUGAAGUUAAAAUUUCCAUGCCUUUAAAUAGCUUUUCAUAAUUCUGAAUUUAUAAUGGUUUGAAUUUUAUGUGCAUCCUUGUUUAUGAGAAGCAAUACUUUGUAAUUUGAUAAUGUUUCAAAUUAUUUUUAGUCUUUUUGUUUGAACUGUUGCUUGAUCACCAUAACUCAUGACUUUCCUAUUGAGAAUCAAAAAGGAGGAUUCAAUAAUAGGGAUGCAGAUCAUAACUCUUUAUAAUGCACCAUUAAGUUUUUGUUAUGCUCCACAGUGUAAAGCAUGUGCUCCACAAAGAUGCAGAAAGUAGACAGGCAGGAAAGCCUCUUUGGCUGGCAUUUCACUAUCUUGAAAUGCUUUGAAUGGAACAUUGGGAGAGAGCCUUUGUUAUUAAAUUUUUAUCUUACAAUAUAUAGGGCUAGGUUCUGAUUUGCUGUAAGGAACUCUAUAUGAAUGAAGCUGUCAUGGAUUGUCAGGAGGAUUGUUGUGGGCUUACAUGAAGGGAGCAGAUAUGCUGGACCCUGUUUAAUAGUACUCCAUAGAGUAUAAUUCUGCAUAAGACAGAUCUCGGCCUUUAGAGUCCAGGAUAGAAGUAUCACUUUAUGUCAUAAGGCAGUUCUCCAACUUACUCCCAGAAAGUAGUAUUGGAGUAAAAGUUACUCAGUGUAUGUGAAUUAGUUUUCCUGGAAGGAAAAAAGCUCACAACUCUUUUGUCAUUAUUGAAUAUUAUUUUCAUUAACAAAAAUUCCCAGCAGCAGGAGGUUAUAUAAAACAAAAUCUUUUUGUUCAAACAUUAGUAAUAUAUUUAUUGAUGAGACUAGGAAUUUCUGCACAACAUUUUCAUGAUACAUUGGUUCUAGUCCCAGCAUAAGUCCCGUGUCUUGUCUGGGAUGAUUAGUAGUACACAUCUAAUAUAUAUAAACUUUAGUGGGGGUGGGUGCAUAUCCUUUAUAACUUCAGUAAAGCAUUAAAGUAUCCUUUUAACCCAAAGAGCCAUUCGUUAGAUUAAUAUAUUUGCAAAUUUUUAAAUUUAGAAAACUUUUUAAAAAACCAUGAAUCCAUCUAAUCCAUCCAUUUUGUGUGUGUGUGUGUGUGUAUCCAUGUAUCAGUAUUUCAUGUGUCAAGUGUUUUGGAUGCUUGUUCAUAACCUAACUUUUAUUCAUUUUUUUCAAUUUCGGAAAAAUACAGAAGGAUGUAAUGUUAAAUUAACAACAACAAACACUGGACCCUUCAUGUUGAGAAUUGCUACCCAUUAGUACUAUCGCUGGGAUUCUAUUAUAAAGCAAUCUCACUUUAAAAAGGCUCCUGUGAUCUGUCUUUAGCCACCUUGUAAUCAGCUGGUGAUGUGGCUCAGUGUAGAGUGCUUACCUACAUGUAUGAGGAGGCCCUGCAUCCCAUCGUCAGGGAGAGAUUCACAUGGCUACUUCCACAAAAUUACAAAUUACUGUAGGUCACAUACCAUCGGAGUUAAAAGAACGAGGGUCCACUUGUCUAAAAUGAGUAUCAAUUGAACCCCCAUUUUAAAGCAGUAUCAGAACCCUACAAAAGCGUGAUCAAAUGUUCUUUUUUCCUUGCCUCUAAUAAAAUGCAGAUAUUUGCUUUAAUAUUAAACUAGCAUAUAUUUGUUAUGGUACUUACAAAUGAUCACAUUUCCAGUUCCAAACUUGCCUGUAUUUUUUUGUGUUGCUCAGAAUAUUUGACAGUUGUAUUUCUGAAUUCACAAACAGCUGCUUGCUUAUGCUGAGUCAAUUUAGAAGUUAAUUUACCAAUUUAGUCUCAAUUGCAGUAUAUUUAAAAUGGGGGAAACAAGUAGAUGAUGACUUGGAGAUGUUUUGAGGUUCAUGUUAACCGCUCACUUGAAUGUCAAUUUCAGAUAUUUCCCCUAAUCAACCAAAAUUAUACAUAUAGGACCAAUGUAGAUGUAGAGGAAAGGUAUUCUGAAUGCUUUGAAAUCCUAGUUGGUGGUUUAGCAGUAUGAGGUAAUGCCUGACGAAUGGGAAUUUUUAAAGGGUGAACACUUUUUCUGUUUAUUUGAAGUAUAUUUUAUAGGCUCUUUGAGUUUGUGAGCAGGAUAAAAAACCAUCAUUCCUUAGUUCUUCAUUGUGGAGCCGAUACAUUUCUGUAAAAUGCAUCUUUAAGGAUAAUGGUAGACGGUCAUAAGUCAAUAAGGUGUGGUAUUUCCACAGAAAGAAUAUGGAACUUUGCUGAGCAUUUUAUUGGGGGGGGUCACUUGUUGUGUCAUACCAUGUCAAACUAUAAAGCAUAAAUAGCCAUUGUGGACACUAAGAAUCAUACUCUUAUUUGAGUGGAACACAAAAGGAAUGGGCACUAGCCUUGCUAUAUGGAAUGAGUUCAGUAAACAAUACAACUUAAUUUUAUACAUUUCCUAAGACGACUUUUUUUUCCCGUGGUACCGGGGAUUGAACCCCAGAGGCACUCAACCACUGAACCACAUUCCCAGCCCCUUUUAUUUUUUAUUUUGAGACAGGGUCUUGCUAAGUUACCUAAGACCUCACUAAGUUGCUGAGGCUGGCUUUGAACUUUUGAUCCUCCUGCCUCAGCCUCCUGAGUCACUGGGAUUAUAGACAUGCACCACCACACCCAGUUGACUCCAUUUUUAAAUUACAUUCACUGAGUGUAUUUAUUUAAUUCAAUGCUUUUUAGCAUAAAGAAAGCUUUUUUCUCUCCUUUUACAAACACAAGGAUUUUUUUUUUUCAGCUUUAUUAUUUAACUAUUAUGCACUUAACACCAGAUACCAACCUGUAAAUACUAUUGGGUCCUUGCAGGCCUUAUCAGGGAGUUGAAAUUUCUUAUACUUUGCCAGGUUAUUUAUAAACAAAACAAAAUACCAUGUAAGCAUUUUAAAGCUGUUGCAGACACUUUGUUAAAAAUACAACUAUUGGAUAAUGAAAACUGAAACAUUUAGUUUUACCUAAUUCUUGCACUGAAUAUAUAUGGUGAUAUAAAGUUAAAUGUGCAUUUUAAACAGAUAUUUAUUUCCCAUUUAUUGCUUACGAUAGAAAAAGAACUAUGCUAAUGUUAAGAGAAUUGACCAGCAAGAUUCAUUUUAAAUUGAAGAGGGGUAAGAAAGUAGAAGUACCUUACUGCUGGGUGUAUUGCAUUUAUUUAGUGCUACUGAAUAAGUCAGUAGUAAUUUCUGAUCUUGCUGAAAAGUCAAGUCCUCUUUAGUUAAAGCACAUUAAGAAGAGUCUCUGCCUAAUUGCUUUGUAAAAUGAAGCAAUGUUAUUUUUUUAUCCUAUAUUGUAAUUUAAAGGUUUUUCCUACAAAAUGAGUUUAUAUUGUUGCCUAAACUAUCAUGUAUGUAAACAGAGGUUUUUAAAGGUGGGAGGGAGUCUGUAUUGUGUGUGCACGUGUGUGCGCAUGCACAUGUAUGCUGUUUGCCCAUUGACUUAUUUCAAGGGUGUUUAUUCUAAAAAUUCAUUUUGCCUACAGUAAAUGUACAACUUGGCAUUUGUACAAUUUAAUUGCUUAAAUUCCAAAUUUCAGAUGUUUUGCCCCUGCUACAAGUACACUUAUUCUGCUAUUGUAAUGUGCACGUACAGAGGAUACCUCUGAGGUUGGCAUGUUAGAGAGUUGCGGUCAUUUGUUUUGAGGGUUAGAGGAAGGUUUUUUGUUUUUAAUUCAGGUAUAAAUAAGAUCAGUAUUGGAAGUUGACAGCAGGUAGGAAAGACUUGGUUAGAUGAAAGCAAAAGAUAUGGGUGGGUAUUGGUCAUAGAGUUGAGUUUUAACACAGGAAUUUUCUUUUAAUUUGCAUGUUCUAUGGUUAACUGUCAAGGGUAUAAGAAGUUAUUCCAGCUUUCCCCAUAUUAAGUAUGUUGGUUUUAAGAAGUCUUCAUAAUCACAAGGCAUUUCCCCUUCAUUUGUGUACAAAGAAGGUUAGACAGUGCAAUCAAUAUAGUGACUUCUAACUUAUUUAGCUUUUACAGAAUCCCCACUGGCGCACUGAAUCUCUCCUUGUACUGUAUAUCUUGCCAAGUGUGAAACCAUAAUAUGUAGUUUAUGAUAAAUGGAAGGCCACAGAUCAUUUUGCAUGAAUAAGUCCAUUAGGAUGAAUGAAACUGACAUUCCUUUUUUUUUUUUUUUUUUAGCCAUUCUUGGUAAAUGAAAAUUAUAAUGGCAAAUUGAUUCACCAUUUACUAGCUUUGUGCAAUAUUAUAAAGGUAGAAGCAAAACACUAGCACAUUGUGCUUGGCUUUUAAGGAUGGCUUUAUCAUUACAUUAUAUGGACAGUGUGCACAAUGUAUUGUAAAUGCCAUCUCUUGCAAAUUUACAAUACUUCAAUAUGCUCAGUUAACAUUCUGAAGUAUUAAAAGUACAAAGAAAAUACUAAGCAAGCAUUUAUAGCAAUACUAUGAAAUCUCCAAUAAUUGUUUUGAACAUUGCCUUUUCCUCUUUAGUGCAACUUUUCUGCAUUGUUAAUUAUUGUAUUGCUUUAUAUUUCAUGUUUUUUACACUCAUGACUUCAGAGUUAAGUACUUGUACACCAAGUAUUGCAAUCACCUUUCUCUUAUUGUACAUGCAGUGUAACAACAUACAGUUUUGGUGCUUAACAAUAUUCCUUUUUUUCUUUAAUAAAGGAUAUUUAUUUGAAUUAA